GCGCCAGUCCCCACGUGGUGCCGCAUUUCCAACAGACACAUGCCCCACGUUUUACCUGCCCCAUUAUGGAAUAGCGGCUCAGGUGGCCGGCGGUUCCGGCAGAAAGCCAUAUGCCGAAAGAGCGGCUUCAAAAAGUCUGGGAGGUUGGCCGGCAGCUUAACCUUCUCCAGGCCAUCACCUCGAUCGAAGAGGGCACCAUACACUUCCUUAACGGCAGUGAGCCAGAAGUCUGCUCAGGCUGCCACUAUGCUCUAGCCCAAGCGUUGCAGUUCCCCGAACCCUCACCACACUCCCAAACACCUCCCACAGGUGACCUAGUGAGUUAAUUUGGGAA